AUGGAAAUGGAACAGCUUAACAUUCUUGCAAUUUCUUACGGCUGCUCAAGUGGCUGGUUGGCUGCAAGUUAUUCGGAGCUACAAGGCGAGAGGACACCUUUGACAACUGGACCACUGAGCAAACAUGAUUUGGGUUGGGUUGCGGCUAGCACACCACUGGGUUCACUAUUGGCGAUUAGCUGUCUGACCUGGUUGGCGGACAAAUAUGGGCGCAAAAGCUUCUUGAUGCUUAUGGCAGUGCCAACGUUUCUCAACUGGCUAAUUAUAUCAGUGGCCACUCGCCCCAUACACUUGUGCCUGGCUCGCUUUCUGGCCGGAGCAGGUGCUGGCGGCAUUUUUGCCAUUGUGCCAGUUUAUAUAACGGAAAUAGCUGAAGAUCGUUUGCGCAGCACUUUGGGCACUUUCUUAUCGCUAGGCUGCGCACUGGGAUUUUUGAUAAUCAUUUUGCCAGGCAACUACUUAAGCUAUAUUGUGGUGGCUAGAAUAAUGUGUGCUCUGCCUUUGAUAUUUGCUGCAUGUUUUAUGCUGCAGCCCGAGACGCCGCAGUUUCUGGCAGCACAAAAUAGCGCCAAGGCGGAGGCUGCUCUGAAAUAUUAUCGCGGCAUUGACUGCAAGGCAGAGCUGGAUGUGGAGCUGCUGCAGACGUUGAGCAAAUCCACUGCUGGGCAUGCAAACAAAGAGAAUUGCAGCUUUGCUGAUCUUUUGCCACCCAAGGCUCGCAAAGCUUUUUUCAUUGGCUUCGGCAUGGUGCUGCUUAAUCAAUGCAGCGGUUGCUUAACGCUUGAAUUCUAUAUAGCUCACAUUAUUAGCGAUACUGGCGCUGGCGAGGUCAUAACUAUAGGCGGCAUAUUGCAAUUAGUAGGCACCUACGCUGCUACGCAUUUUGUGGAGUGCGCCGGACGCAAGACCAUGCUGCUCAUUUCAAUGGUGGGCAUUUGCCUGGGCGAGCUUUGCAUGUCCGCUUACUUUUAUUUAACCCAAUUGGGCUAUGACACCAGCAGCUUUAGCUGGGUGCUGACUGCAUCCUACUCCUUGAUGAUCUCUCUCGCUUGCUGUGGUGCCUUGACUGUGGGCUAUGUGGUCAUGGCUGAGGUUUGUCCGCCGCUCAUACGCAGCCUCGCUGUCAGAUGUCAUACAUUUUGCAUAUUUCUGAUUGCCAUAAUCUCUCUGAAGGUAAACUAA